CGCGCACGCAGGCCACGGGAGCGCGGGACACGCAGGGCACGCCAGGUCGGCGGGGCCGACGCUCCCAGCUGUGGGCCUUCCUUGCCCGGUCGCCCAAUCUCGCGAGAGUUGGGGGUAAACAGCCCCGAAUGGAGAACCCAGGCGUGUUCGCCGCAGAGGCGUCGUUAUUCCAGGCCCGCUGGCCCUGAGCUCCAGGCGGCGCAGAUUGGUUCACAGCGGUUGGUUGAUCAACCCCGUUGGACCUUGGUUCUGUGGUACAGAUGGAGUUCAGGACUCAGUCAUCACGGCCUGAGUGAGAGAAGCCUUAUGUCCAAGAUGGAGAAGAAGCGGAGAAAGAAAUGAAAGCCUCUCUUCAGGCCAAGCCACAAAAGGCCAUGGGGUUUAACUUUUAUUUACGUUGGACAAGACUGUGAGAUGGCUGGUCAGUCAUGUUGCAGCUUUUAGCCAAAACAAAAAUUCACUUCUAAUCAAGAAGAAAAAAGUGUGAUUUGAAUUUAUGCAAUUUUAUGAUCAUAUUCGCUUUUGACCAUGAAGCUUAUCAACAUCUGGCUGCUUCUGCUAGUGGUUUUGCUCUGUGGGAAGAAACAUCUGGGUGACAGACUGGAACAGAAAUCUUUUGAAAAGGCCCCAUGCCCUGGCUGUUCCCACCUGACUUUGAAAGUGGAAUUCUCAUCAACAGUUGUGGAAUAUGAAUAUAUUGUGGCUUUCAAUGGAUACUUUACAGCCAAAGCUAGAAAUUCAUUUAUUUCAAGUGCCCUGAAGAGCAGUGAAGUGGACAACUGGAGAAUUAUACCUCGAAACAAUCCAUCCAGUGACUACCCUAGUGAUUUUGAGGUGAUUCAGAUCAAAGAAAAACAGAAAGCCGGGCUGCUAACACUUGAAGAUCAUCCAAACAUCAAACGGGUCACGCCCCAGCGGAAAGUCUUUCGAUCCCUCAAGUAUGCUGAAUCUGACCCCAUAGUACCCUGCAAUGAAACCCGAUGGAGCCAGAAGUGGCAAUCAUCACGUCCCCUGAGAAGAGCCAGUCUCUCCCUGGGCUCUGGGUUCUGGCAUGCUACAGGAAGGCAUUCGAGCAGACGGCUGCUGAGAGCCAUCCCGCGCCAGGUUGCCCAGACACUGCAGGCAGACGUGCUCUGGCAGAUGGGAUUUACAGGUGCUAAUGUAAGAGUUGCUGUUUUUGACACUGGACUGAGCGAGAAGCAUCCCCAUUUCAAAAAUGUGAAGGAAAGAACCAACUGGACCAACGAGAGAACGCUGGAUGAUGGGUUGGGCCAUGGCACAUUCGUGGCAGGUGUGAUAGCCAGCAUGAGGGAGUGCCAAGGAUUUGCUCCAGAUGCAGAACUUCAUAUUUUCAGGGUCUUUACCAACAAUCAGGUAUCUUACACGUCUUGGUUUUUGGACGCCUUCAACUAUGCCAUCUUAAAGAGGAUUGACGUGUUAAACCUCAGCAUCGGCGGCCCUGACUUCAUGGAUCAUCCCUUUGUCGACAAGGUGUGGGAAUUAACAGCUAACAAUGUAAUCAUGGUUUCUGCUAUUGGCAAUGACGGACCUCUUUAUGGCACUCUGAAUAACCCUGCAGAUCAAAUGGAUGUGAUUGGAGUAGGCGGCAUUGACUUUGAAGAUAACAUUGCCCGCUUUUCUUCAAGGGGAAUGACUACCUGGGAGCUACCAGGAGGCUACGGUCGCGUGAAACCUGACAUUGUCACCUAUGGUGCUGGCGUGCGGGGUUCCGGCGUGAAAGGCGGGUGCCGGGCCCUCUCAGGGACCAGUGUUGCUUCUCCAGUGGUUGCAGGUGCCGUCACCUUAUUAGUGAGCACAGUCCAGAAGCGUGAGCUGGUGAAUCCUGCCAGCAUGAAGCAGGCCCUGAUUGCGUCAGCCCGGAGGCUCCCUGGGGUCAACAUGUUCGAGCAAGGCCACGGCAAGCUCGAUCUCCUCAGAGCCUAUCAGAUCCUCAACAGCUACAAGCCGCAGGCAAGUUUGAGCCCCAGCUACAUAGAUCUGACUGAGUGUCCCUACAUGUGGCCCUACUGCUCCCAGCCCAUCUACUAUGGAGGAAUGCCGACAAUUGUUAAUGUCACCAUCCUCAACGGCAUGGGAGUCACAGGAAGAAUUGUAGAUAAGCCUGACUGGCAGCCCUAUUUGCCACAGAAUGGAGACAACAUUGAAGUUGCCUUCUCUUACUCCUCAGUGUUAUGGCCUUGGUCGGGCUACCUGGCCAUCUCCAUUUCUGUGACCAAGAAAGCGGCUUCCUGGGAAGGCAUUGCUCAAGGCCACGUUAUGAUCACUGUGGCUUCCCCAGCAGAGACGGAGUCAAAAAAUGGCGCAGAACAGACUUCAACAGUAAAGCUCCCCAUUAAGGUGAAGAUAAUUCCUACUCCCCCACGAAGCAAGAGAGUUCUCUGGGAUCAGUACCACAACCUCCGCUAUCCACCUGGCUAUUUCCCUAGGGAUAAUUUAAGGAUGAAGAAUGACCCUUUAGACUGGAAUGGUGAUCACAUCCACACCAAUUUCAGGGAUAUGUACCAGCAUCUUAGAAGCAUGGGCUACUUUGUGGAGGUCCUUGGGGCCCCCUUCACAUGUUUUGAUGCCAGUCAGUAUGGCACUUUGCUGAUGGUGGACAGUGAGGAGGAGUACUUCCCAGAAGAGAUCACCAAGCUCCGGAGGGACAUGGACAAUGGACUCUCGCUCAUCGUCUUCAGUGACUGGUACAACACUUCCGUUAUGAGAAAAGUCAAGUUUUAUGAUGAAAACACAAGGCAGUGGUGGAUGCCGGACACCGGAGGAGCUAACAUCCCGGCUCUGAAUGAGCUGCUGUCUGUGUGGAACAUGGGGUUCAGUGAUGGCCUGUAUGAAGGGGAGUUCACUCUGGCAAACCAUGACAUGUAUUAUGCGUCAGGGUGCAGCAUCGCGAAGUUUCCAGAAGAUGGCAUCGUGAUAACACAAACUUUCAAGGACCAAGGAUUGGAGGUUUUAAAGCAGGAAACAGCAGUUGUUGAAAACGUCCCUAUUUUGGGACUUUAUCAGAUUCCAGCUGAGGGUGGAGGCCGGAUUGUACUGUAUGGGGACUCCAACUGCUUGGAUGACAGUCACCGGCAGAAGGACUGCUUUUGGCUUCUCGAUGCCCUCCUCCAGUACACGUCGUAUGGGGUGACACCUCCUAGCCUCAGUCAUUCUGGGAACCGCCAGCGUCCUCCCAGUGGAGCAGGCUCAGUCACUCCAGAGAGGAUGGAAGGAAACCAUCUUCAUCGCUACUCCAAGGUCCUGGAGGCCCAUUUGGGAGACCCAAAACCUCGGCCUCUGCCAGCCUGUCCACACUUGUCUUGGGCCAAGCCACAGCCUUUAAAUGAGACGGCGCCCAGUAACCUUUGGAAACAUCAGAAGUUACUCUCCAUUGACCUGGACAAAGUGGUGUUACCCAACUUUCGAUCGAAUCGCCCUCAAGUGAGGCCCUUGUCCCCUGGAGAGAGUGGCGCCUGGGACAUUCCUGGAGGGAUCAUGCCUGGCCGCUACAACCAGGAGGUGGGCCAGACCAUUCCUGUCUUCGCCUUUCUGGGAGCCAUGGUGGUCCUUGCAUUCUUUGUGGUACAAAUCAACAAGGCAAAGAGCAGGCCGAAGCGGAGGAAGCCCCGGGUGAAGCGCCCACAGCUCAUGCAGCAGGUUCACCCGCCGAAGACCCCUUCAGUGUGACCGGCAGCCUGGCUGACCAUGAGGGCCAGAAAGCCUCCACGGACAGCACUGGGGGGUGAGCCGAGCUGUGGCGGCUGCUGGUGUAAAAGGGGUCCAGUUUCCAGCUGCAGGUUUGUUAGAGUCAGUUCUACCUGGGCCUGCCUUCCUGUGAUGGGCAGAGGCUUCCGGGACAUCGAGAAGAAUCCUGUGGCCGUGGGUCCUGUCCUGUCAGGAGGCACUCUGGCUCGGCCGCCAAUAAGACUUCCCACUGGGCAGCUGUGUGCACCAAAGACUUGGGAGAACCUGGAAAGGCUGACGGGUCUUCUGACUGGAGAGGAAGGAUGUACUUUCCAAGUGAUACGACCCUGACGAAGCUCAGAUACACUUGUUAAAGGCUAUUUUCUAUAUUUAUUGUUGGGGAAAAAGUCACUUUAAAGACUUGUGCUAUUUGGAGGCAAAGCUAUUUUUUUUGUCAAAUGAAAUGCAGUUUUUUUUUACUAUUACGUCAUGAGGAACAACCCAGAUUCCAUGAUCUUUUUAAUGAAAGGACAGACUGAGAUUUGAAGGAAACUUGCAUAAAUCUGUGAAACAUAGACCUUCGCUUUAUUUUUGUAAGUAUCACCUGCCAUCAUGUUUUGUAAUUUGAGGUCUUGAUUUCACCAUUGUCGGUGAAGAAAAUUUUCAAUAAAUAUGUAUUACCUGUAUGAA